AUGUAUAAAAUGGAAUAUUCUUACCUCAAUUCCUCCGCCUACGAGUCCUGUAUGGCUGGGAUGGACACCUCGAGCCUGGCUUCAGCCUAUGCUGACUUCAGUUCCUGCAGCCAGGCCAGUGGCUUCCAAUAUAACCCGAUAAGGACCACUUUUGGGGCCACGUCCGGCUGCCCGUCCCUCACGCCGGGAUCCUGCAGCCUCGGCACCCUCAGGGACCACCAGAGCAGUCCGUACGCCGCAGUUCCUUACAAACUCUUCACCGACCACGGCGGCCUCAACGAGAAGCGCAAGCAGCGGCGCAUCCGCACAACUUUCACGAGUGCACAGCUCAAAGAGCUCGAGAGGGUCUUCGCGGAGACGCACUACCCUGACAUCUACACCCGGGAGGAACUGGCCCUGAAGAUCGACCUCACCGAGGCGCGAGUCCAGGUAUGGUUCCAGAACCCUUUUACUGAACUUUUUGGCACGGCUUUGGAUUGGAGUCAAUUGCAGUCCACGCAACUGACUGCAGAGAAAUCUACAGAGCAAGGAAAAGACGCACACACAAGUGUGCAGAAGUGCCUCGGUUUGCACUUCUGUUUGAUCCGAAAUGGACUCACAUCCUGUAUGGUGGAUGGACUAACUCCUAAUCCACUUUCCCCAGCAGAUGACUUCUCUAUUCUGGGCUGGCGUUGCUUCCGAAGAGAGCGGGAGGGAAAGGAGGAUUACAGAAAAUAUCUCCACGAGAAGUCAGGAACUUGGAAGCGACUUCAGCUCUCCUCAAUGCACUGCACCUACAAUUCAUCAUCGACUGUGCAACAGCUUCGCAUUUUCUAA